AUUUGUCCAUACUACGUAGUAAAGUAGUACGCAGGCUUCAUCCUUAGCAUAGCGGAGUAGCGAUGGCGCAGGGGAAACAGAAAUUUAAAGCGCAGCGACCCGGCGGAGCGAAAAAACAACUAAACAAACCGAAAGGACCAAAGAAAGGAGGUCGGAUCAUCGCCCCGAAAAAAGCAGCAAUAGUUCAACAACAUAAACUAAAAAAGGGUCUGGAGGUGGCCAUCAGAAACAAGAUUGAACAUGAGGUGACUCAGAAAGCCAGCACCUCCUUACACAAGAGACUGAGUGUACUGAAGACCCCUCAGAGAAAAGGAGGAGCGGCAGGAAACACCAAAACCACCACCGCCACCACUGCCGCACCCUCCAAAUAACAAAUAAAACAUCAGGCAUGACA